AUGGGCCAGCACUCCGCAAUUUGGCAGGGCUAUGUCGACUCCAGCCUGAUGGGCUCGGGUCAAUUCGACAAGGCCGGUAUCCUGGCCGCCGACUUCUCCGGUCUCGAGGCCCAGUCCCCUGGAUUCACCAUGACCCAGGACGACAUCAACACCCUGGCCGCGGCCUUCACUGACCCCGAUUCCGCCUUCGCCAACGGCUUCUCCGUCGGUGGCGAGAAGUUCGUCUGCAUCAAGGCCGAUGCGCGCAGUCUGUACGGCAAGAAGGGGAAGGAGGGCGCCAUCAUUUCUCGCGCUUCCGCAUGCACCAUCAUCGCCCACCACGGCGAGAGCGUCCAGACCACCAACGCGGCGACCGUUGUGGAGAACCUGGUCGACUACAUCAACAACCCCCAAUAA